AUGUUGAGCAGAGGCCAUAGACUCGCCAGCGGCUGUCUGAGAUGUCGGCGGGAUCUUGCGCGCCGAGCUGCAGCAUUUUCGCCCAAUUCUUCCAUCGCAUCGAACACAUCUGCGCCUCGACGACAUCAGAGCAGUGCUGCAGUUGCACUGAUCGAUGACACAUACGACGAGCCCCACCAAGUCACAGAGGCCGACGUAGACAAUGAACAGGAAUCCGUCGGCCAGAUUCGUCGUGUACGACUGAAUGCAGGUUCCGAUCGGUCUUUCAAACCAGUUCCGACUGCUGGCAUCGGAGUCGAAUCACUUGGGAAGCCCUCAGAAAUCAUAGUACUAUCGCAGAAAGACCGAAGAAUACCGGGAUCGAUAGGUGGUGACGAUGCGCCACAGCAGUCUCUUGCAGAGGUUCUCGAGGAAGCAAAGACCCCCGCGCCGUGGGCUCAGGUGAAGGAGCACAUUGACGGUCUGCGGCCGACGUUCGGAAACGAUCAGCGCCCUCUCACAGACUCGGAAUGGCGUGCCUUGAGAUACUCGAUCCGAUUGGGCUUUUCCACCGCUCAGUUGCAUAGGUACAUACGGGAGUCGGGCUCGAGGGUUCAGGCCCAUCUGCCUAAGACGAAAGUGACGGAUUUCAUCAUCGGAAGAGGUGUUUGGGGCUAUCGCCGAGUUCAACAGCACCAGGACGAAGAUUCGGCGGGAUUGGAGAAGGCCUACUCAGAAAAUCUCGUCCUUAGGGCCUCGGAUCGAUUGCUUUGGAGCGUCACAGCCGGAGACUUCGAUGCCAUAGCUGCUGCCACACACACAAUCAUCUCCAAACCUCAAUCACACAAGUCCAAGUCAUCUGAUGCCGUCGAAGACAAGGUCAAGAUCACCGGUACUCGUGAGAAUGUUGCUCAAGCGAAGAAGCUCAUUUCGGCCCGUCAGUGCCGAUCAGAGAUCAUCAAUUUGAAGGGCUUCGGUAGAGUCCUCCUUGCGGAAGACAAAGAAGAUGCUCUGGAACAUUUGCUCAAGUCUAUCGGAGCCGAGCUUGGCGUUUCAUUACGUCGCAAAGGCAAAGGUACGGGAAAAGCUACGGGCGUCUUGUUGCGCUCCUGGUCUUCCAAUGUGGGCGUUGCCGACCGCGGGCCUCCUGAGCAUGUCCGUUCGCUACCCGCUGCUAGCAAGACGUUGUUUGAGCCCACUGGGCCAGGGAACAGCUCUUGUUUCAUCAACGACGUGCCUAUGCUCGCUCAACUACUCGCAAGCUUGCCACCGUAUCAGGGUCCUAAGAGUUCUGCUACCCCGAAUUACGAUGGAGACACUAGCAACGAGCCCAUUCGACUCAGACUGGUACUAAAGCCCGUCUCUCUCGUGGCAAGAGCUCCUACUGUCGAAGUAUAUCUUCGGGGCAAACAUCCACACAUGGGUCUACGUCAACCGCUCACGAUCUCGCGGGUAGCCGCGACCUUGAAAGAGACAUCACUUAACAUCGCGGUCACUCAAGCCCCGAUAGACGUGAGCAUGGUGAGGCAGCUGCACAAAGACAUCUACGUCGAGUCCUCGUUCAGCAACACACCCAUGCUGCUGGAGCAGAUGAACGAAUAUCUCGCUAAGGCUAGAAAUGGGAAGGACGAACUACCGAACUUUUCGUCCUUUGUCACCUUUCGCAUCCCGACUGAGCUGCGCGAGGACCUGGCCAAGACGGAUACCGACGAACCCGCACCCAUCGAGUAUGUCUUGUCGAGCGCUGACACUGUGCGAUAUCAACUGCGGUCAAUACCGAUACAGGAAGAAGUGUCUAAAUCAGAACUGGAGCGAGUUGGUAAGAAGGCUGCGAAGUCAGCUGCUCGCCCACAGGUAGUUCUUGAGUGUGCCACGUUCAAGCCCUACCGCGACAAUCGUACCAAGCCGACGCUGCUUGAGCCGCUGCCCAAAGCAUCGGCGGUAUCCGAUGCGAGCCUAGCAAAAGACGUUCCUUCCGUUGGAGAGCCCAAUCCGGCAGCAUCGUCGCAGUCCACUCCCAUAGAUCCACGACAUGGCUUGCCGGAGCGACAGGAGCUUCGCCUCAUCAGCGAUCCUCAUCAUGGUCGUCGGCUUCUUAAGCCCGACCAGCUCAGGAAUGCGACGAUGUGGAACGGGAACUUAUUGAUUGAUGAGAGGGGCGAGGUUAGGGUACUGCAUAGGAAGCUGGUCCCAACGUUCUUUGAGGCGUUGAGUUGGGGAGCAGGGGAUGGGGAGGGGUUGAGGACUGUGGAUGUCGCUGCGAAACGGAUCGAUGGGGAGACAGGUGAUGAUCGGGUGGAUGUGAAGGAGAGGGCAAGCCAAAGGCACAGGUUCAAGGUCGGCACGCUGAUUUGUGGCGAGAACACGAACCCGUUGGCGCGAUAUGCCAUGAUGUCUCAGGGCCAGGAUGUGCAUAUCAGUACAUGGCCGGCUAUAUGGCCUACGCGGAUGCCAAUGGAAGGCGGUGGCGGCGGCGGGGCGGCCUCUACAGCUUCGGGUCAUGUCUCGAGGUCACAAUCAGUAUCGCCGCCCCCGAAAAGCAAGAACUUCGACAAUGUCCUGGCAAACAGGAUACGUGCUUCAGCACACUGCUUCGAAGCAAAAUGCCACGGCAUAAUGUCCGCCGCCGCGCUCUCCGAAGCCAACAUAGACACCCUCCUUUCCAUCCUCCCCGCCUCCGAUCCCUCCCGCGCACAAUUCGAAUACGCCCUGCGAAACUCACCGCGCGCUGCAUCGAUGUUCCUGGAUCCCACUGGUACGCCAGUGCCUGCGUUCACGAUCGACGAGGCUACGGGCAAGAGGACGGAGAGGGAGAUGCUAAGGGAUGAGGAAGGGGUGUUGUUUGCGGAUAUCGAUCCGGAUCAGGGGCUAGAGGCGAAGCAGUUCCAUGACUUGGUGGGCGGGUAUCAGCGGUUUGAUGUUUUUGAGCUGAGGGUUAGGAGGGAGAGGAGGGCGGGGCCGGUUACGUUUGAGGAGCUGCCGAGGGAAGAGGAAAGGAAGGAAGGGGAGAAAGGAGGGUCCGGUGAGGUUUGA